AUGAGAAGAAGACAAAGAAGACAAAGCUCAAAUAUAUUCCACAUGCUCACAAAGAACCAGAUAGUUGAACUUAGAGAGGCUUUUAACUUCAUGGAUGUUAACAGUGACACAUUUGUUGAUAGAGCGGAUCUAGAGAGCUUUCUGGAGUCAAUAGGAGCACCUUUUUCAAGCGAGGAAAUUGAUGAGAUGAUGGCCGAGGGAGGAGACAGCAUGACAUAUAUGUUAUUUCUGACAAUGAUAGGAGAAAGGCUUAGCUGCACUGAUACAGAAAAGAACAUCUUUAAUGCUUUAAAGGAGUUUGAUGACAAUGGGGAUGGGACAAUCGAUGAAAAGCUGCUAAGGACAUGGCUUACAGAAAAGGGAGACCAAAUGGCAAGGGAAGAUGUUGACUUGCUCCUAAGGGGUUGUGCAGAAAACGGAAGGGUGGAUUGCAGAAGCCUGGCAACAAAAAUAAAGUACGGAGAAAUCAUCACUGAAUAA